UCAUUUGUAGUUAGCAAAUCCAUUUUAAAAAUUUCAUAUUGAUGUUAAACUGCCGAUGUUGGCCCUGAUGUCUAAAAGAAUGCAAGCUUUCCUUUUCUUCUUCACUUUCAGAAUGAUAGCAUCCCAUUCAGCCUCCUGGAUAUAUUGGAUGCACAUUUAGCACUUCCCAGAUUUGAUACAUAGAGUAUCAAAUGAUAUUUUAUUUCCUCACCAAUUCUGAAGUCUUAGUGAAGUCUAAAUUAGUAAAAUGUACAGAAUAGAGAGUUAGAGAACAGACAGACUAACAUAAACUAUGUAAUUAUUCUUUGUCAAUUAAAAAUAAAGUGAAACCUAAAAAUAAAUAAAAAUAACAAAGAAGAAAUAGACUAAUAGUGUAUUCUAGAAAGCACAGGAUCGCAAGUCAGAAGACCUGGAUUUGGAUACAGAUUCUUUCACUUGUGUAGCAUUGUGCAUGAUUCUAAAUUUCUUUGAGUCUGGAUGUGUUUGUUUAUUUAAUAAUGUUUAUGGCACAACAUUGUGAGAACUAAAAGAUACCAUAGAUAUAAAAAAAUUCUUUGCAAACAAAGUUAUAGUGUCAAAUUGUGUAAAGAUCUUUAUAGACUCAUCAUUGUAAUAAUUGUCACCUCAAGAUGUCAAGUGAGGAUACUAGGGAUUUGACAUUGGGCUCAAGAUGCGAAGGAAAGAAGAGAAAUAGAGCCCUAGAGAGAGGUUGUUUUGUGUGUGAAGGGAGAAGAUUGUCAGUAUUUGUCUUACUUUUGAGUGCUCAGUUUCUUGCCCGUUUUAGUUUAGGUGGCAGGAGCACGCUACAGCCUCCUUCUUGCAGCCUCAGAGACACCUGUACAAUGUCUCUUAGUGGCACCAAAGGCCCCCAUGUUGAAUCUUUCUCAUUCCUGACCCUUUGCUUCCUUUUGGCCACUCCCACUCAUGUGCCCUUUGCUCUCCCUGCCUCCCACCAUCAGUCCAUCUCCAUGCCUGACUCCGGCUUUUCCUGGGAGCAGGCUCUCUGAACCCUCCAAAUUACUCCCAGUUUACCUUCAUUCUUGCCAUCUGCCUUUCCUAUAUUCUCUGCAAAUCUCACUGACCACACUCCCAGAAAGGAAAGAAAAAUUUAAUGAUAUGAGAAAAUAGUCAGGAAAGUGGUGUGUCCAGAAGUAAAAAGGGUUCUGUAGGGCAGAAUGGACAGGGAGAUAAGGCCUUGAUGGAGGGAGGGUCUUGGCAGGAGACUCGGUGGGCAGUUUCAGAGGGUGACCCACCUGAGUGUUUAAUAGCAGGGCAAGUUUCAACUCUACUUUGCAUGUGCUGAGUGUGUAUUACCGUGUACCUCUGUGAAAGUAUUGGCAAGACAAUCAGUAAUAGAUAGAAAUGACUCCAUCUUCAUAAGAAGGCAACACAUAUGACCACCAUGGUUUCAGUCCUGACAAGUGAUUUUCUAAAUCUGUAGACUGGAGGCCGGGGUGCAGCUGAUCAGGUAUCUCAAGCUUCUUUUCCCUGAACUCCUUUCUGUGGGUAUUCUCAGUCCAGUUAUAUCAGGCCCCAGUAACUGUGAUCACUGUGAUUGUGCAUAAUUGCCUGUUGUUCCUUAGUGGAACUGUGCUUGCAAGGUAGGGGUCCUUUGGAAAAAUAUUAUUAGAGAAAAGCAGCAGAGAGGAAGUCUGCAAGUCAACAAGUAAAAAACCAACCCACGUUUAGUAGGAACAGAAAAUGUAUGACUCAUAGGGACAAACACAGAGGCGGACACUGCUUCAUUGUUUCUCUGUCAGACUUUUAAAUAUGAGGUGGGAGUCCUCACAGCUCCUAGGGAAAGCCUGGUAGAUGAAAAACGAAAGCAUAUUUUUGAAACUUGUACAGGUAGUAUACAGACUAAACAGUGUGUCCAGGCUUCCCAGUCCGGCCCCUAGCAUGUGUCUUCUUUAAAUAUGAUCUGACUUAUUUUAGUGGUAAUUUCAUCUAGAUAAAUUGUAUUCCUUUAAAUAAUGUUACAAACACCAGAUGUGUGAACUCUUUGGUUCUAGUGUUUUUGUCUUUUUUCCUAAAAUGUGUCCUUCCUGUACUUUUGAUGUUCUUUGAGAAACCUAAAGACAAGAUGAAGAAUUCCAGAUGAGGCUACUGAAAGGCCUGUGAGUCCUGGGCGUGUGUUCCUUCCAUGCACGAGGAAUCUCCACCUGUGCAGCCCUCAGAAGGAUUUCUGAAGAGCUUAUGCAGUAGAGGCCUUGUGGUACAUAAUUUAAACAUCUCUAAAAAUCUAUGCCACAAUCUACCUUAACAUUUGAUUUGCUCUCUGUAAAGUUUGCUUUGGUGUUAACGAUCUUUCAGUUUUAUCAGCCACAUUUUAUGGAUUAUUAAAAUAGUGUCUGUGAUGGGAUGAGCAAAAAGAAAAUGACGGGCAAGGCAGCAGCACCCCCACCCUUACCUCAUCUGAAAAUGUUCUCACACUGAGGAUAGUGCUUGCGGGGUGCCCCGUGUGCUCCAGAUGAUAGACAGAGCAUGUGAUAUACCACAGGGACUCCUGAAAGGAAGCUGGGUCCCUCCUUUCAGCAUUGCUGACUGCUUGCUGUGUGACCUUCAGAAGACCCUUCACCUCAUUUGCCAUCGGCUGCCUUGCCUGUUAAUUGGGACAAUAACAACCCUGGCUCUCUGUUCUUCGAAAGAUUGCUGACAUGAUUUAAAAUUUGCUUUGAAUUGCAAAAAAAGUAUUAAAAAUUAUGUAUUUACAUAUAUUCAUGUAUAUAUACAUAUACAUGGGUAUAUGUGUAUACACACACACAUUUGCUAUUCACGCUGAGGCAGAGAUCGAGCAAGCUGAACUUGAUUUCCCUUAGUGGGCUGAACACUCCCACUGCUUCCAGAGAUCUGGACCAUGACACAUGGCACCUUGUGUGGUUUUGUAACCAGGGUCUCCCCCAUCUCAGUGCAUGAUCUCUUCUCCCAUUCAGAAAUCAUCUUUGAUUCCGCUUUCUUCUUCAUCCCCUACAUCCAAUCUGUCUACCACCAAUCCCGUCAGCUCCUCUUUCAAAUCCAUCUACUUCUACUGCUCUGAUGCUGCUAUCCUAGACUAGACCACCAUCAUCAGCCUCUGUUGAUUGCCUCACUAUGAUCUAUUUUCCAUACAGCAGCCUGAGUGACCUUUCAAAAAUGUAGAAUACAUAGUCAGAAGUCCUGCUUGAAACUAUUCAGUGGCUUUUUGGUGCUUUUAGGAUGAAAUUCAAGCUUCUAACCACGGUCUGCCUGGUUUACUCUAAUCACACAACUGGUUACCUUGUUCACUGUGGUUUAGCCAAGCUGGGCUCUUCAGUUCUUUAGCUCACCACAUUCUUUCUUAAGGAUUUAAAAAACAGACUUUAUUUUGGAGGGCAGUUUUAGGUUGACAGCAAAAUUUAGUGGAAUGUACAGAGAUUUCCCAUGUAGCUCCCACAUGCAUAGCUUCCUGCAUUAUCAGCACCCCCUGCCAGAGUGCUACAUUUGUUACAAUCCGUGAACCUGUGAUGGCACAUCAUUAUCAUCGAAAGUUCAUCUUUUGCAUUAGGGUUUGUUCCUGGUGUUGUACAUUCUAUGGGUUUGGAUAAAUGUAAUAAUGACAUGUAUCUAUUCUUGUAGUAUCAUAUGGAAUAGUUUCACUGCCCUUAAAAUCUUCUGCCCUCUGCCUAUUCCUCCUGCCCUUCCCACCCCCAUAACCCCUGGCAGCCACUGAUGUCUUCACUGUCUUCAUAGUUUGAGUUUUCCCUCAAUGUCAUGUAGUUGGAAUGGUAUAGAAUGCAGCCUUUUCAGACUGACUUCUUUCACUUAGUAAUAGCUUUUAAGGUUAUUCCAUGUCUUUUUAUGAUCUUGAGGAUUUACUGUAGCUUUUUGGUUUGCUUGGCUUUAAAUUUUCACCUUAUUUAUCUAGCCUCUUGUCACUUUGUUGUAUUUUCUUCAUAGCUCCUAUUGCCCUCUGACAUUCUUUUUUUGGUUUAUUGCCUGUCUUUUUCAUUAGAACUUUAGAGAGUGAGAGUCUUGUCUUGUUCCUGGCUUGUAUCCCCAGUAUCUAGAACAAUUCCGGCUGCAUAGUACAUACUCAACAGACGUUUGAAGAGUUAAAGAGUUAAAACUUGGACAUUCAUUCUUUUUGGCUUUACUCUUAUGGUGACAAGUCUUCUCUUCAUUCACUCUGCUCCAGGUUUUGUUCAGAGUAGAGGCAGAAAUUCAUGUUAAGUCACUGAGUCUGGGAAUUAUUUCUUGUUCACCUUUGGCUUCUGAAGCUCUGCUGGUUUUCUGCUGAAUUUAAUGGGUCUCCAGACGAAUGGCAGUUUGGUAGCCUUGGUGGGAAUCAGUCACGCUGCAAGAGUGAACAGAGGCAGUAGAAAAUUAUUAAAGGAAAAUUGCAGAAAAGUAUGAUUUAACAUUUAUUGAGUCACACAUUGUACUCAAAGCUGUGUAUAACAUAAAAAGCAAAUUAGGAGACAAGUCAGAUAUAAAAUGAGUGAACACAUACAAGCAUACAAAUACUGCAGAGACGUAUUUCUUCAGAUGCCUUCUUUCAUUUACCAAACUGUAGUCUUAUCAAAAUAUAUAGGCUACUUCAGGAGAGAAACAGUGCAGCCAAUGUUUGUGGCCCACUUAUGCUGUGGGGCACAGGGAGGCUUGCAAUUUCAUUACUGGUUUUUAAAGAAACUUUCUCUUAGGCUAACAGACUUCCUAGAGAGGCCAAACCAAGUGAAGCUGAGUUAAUGUUCUCAUUAAAAUGUUAAAGAGGCUUUAUUCAUGAACAACUGAAGCUGUAAUUGCUUUAUCCUUGUAAACUAUGAAAAUAUGCAGUGAUCUCUCAUAGAGGCAUUCACCCAGUCCCUCAGUCAGGAAAAGCCUUGUUUAGUGGAGGGCUUGGCUGCACCUGGGGACUGAAAAGCAGAUCCUCUGGGUGGUUCGUAUCUGUCAGGGAUAUGGUAUAAGUGGUGGUAAGAGUACUCCAUCAAUCUGUUUUCACUUUGUAGAUCUUGUUUUGUAAGCAUGAUUUGACUAUUUGAACUUGAGUACUAAUUUGGAAAUCAUAUGAGAAUUGAACAUGUAUAUAUAUACACACAUGCAAACAAAUGUUAUAGAAGGAAGCAGGUUUUAAAAAAAUCAGGUUUAUCUUUUCCAUAAGCCAUAGCUUAUUGAGAUGAGAGUAGAAGAAAUUGAAAGAUGCUGAUAUACUGGUGAAACUAAACAAAGAAUUGAUCUGGAAAAGGAUGGCAUGUGAUUUGCAGGGUGAGAAGGGACUCGCAUCUGGCUUUCAGAGGUAACAGACUUUUUUGUCCCUACUUAUUUCUGUCUUUCAAUGCCCCAGUACAAAAACAUAGCUGUGGAACUGUAGGUAGUGAAUUCAGAUGGCAAAUGCAACUAUGUUUUUCUUUCUGGAAAUGAAAUAAGGAUGAAGUCAGACUUACAGGAUUGAAAUCAUAGAGCUAUGGUUUUUAUAUAACUAGGAAACUUAUAUUGGAAAUCUCAAAGUGAAAUUUAAAGGGAAAAAGGUUAGAACAUUUUCCUUUUCUCUAGUUCCUUAUUAUUAGAACCCUUGUUGGUUGAAUGAUAACAGAACUAGGCCUCACGACAUGCAGACGUAAUAUGAGCAGUACCUAGGGAUUGCUUUAAAAUGGUGUAGAAGGAGAAAAUAGCUUUUCCUCAUUCAUCCUAAGUUUGUGACUGAUGCCCCUCUUAAAAAGACAUUAACAAGAGAAGAGGAUACAAAUGUAUUUAAUAUAAAUUGUACAUGACAAAGAAGCUUUCGUGUGGACACAAGGACCUGAAGAAAUGGUUGUACUUGUGUAUUUUUAUACUAGGUGAUGAAAAAGUGGAUAGUUGUGGAGAAAUAGGAUUGGAUAAAGGGAAUAUUAUCUAAUGGUAGAAAAGUGGGAGAAAUUUACCAAGGCUUUACUUUAGUAAAUUUACUUUAGUAAAUACCUUCUAAAGUAUUUGCAAACUACUUUACUUUGGGUUAGAGUUACACUAAAAUACAUAUAUCCUAGAAAUGUCUACAUUUUCUUCUUCAAAGGGUCAAAUCUUUUUCAGAUGUAAGUGCAGUGCAUUUGUUAAAACUGGCUCAAGUCUGUAGGGAUAAUGGAGUUGAAAGAUACAAGAAGCUCUCUUUCUUUGUGAUAGAUUGGGUAGGUUUCUAAAGAGUUCUUUUCUGGAGGGGUUAUGAUCCCAGUCCAAUGAUGUCAAUGGUAUGAAUGGUAGAAAGUACCUCUCAUAGUUUUUGAACACAAAGUAGAUUCUAAUAUCUGGAACACUAUUGGUGAUAUUUAAUAAAAUAUAUAUUUUAAAUUAUUAAGAGAUUUAGAACAAGAUAUAACAAAUUCCUACUACUAGCUCUUCCAGUAAACUCUUGGUUGAUUGGGGAACUGCUAACCUAGUUCCUAAAUUCAGAAGUGAAUCCAGAGAGAUAGGGAUCUUUGGGUUCUAUCCAGACACAACUCAACUUACCUUCCCCUUCUGCAAAAUAGGAUUCCAAUCCCUUUCCUGAUCUUUAGAGCAGAUCUAUUCUGGAGGUUUCUUUUUGGCUUGCCUAGGAAAUCAUAGUGGGCUGUAAUCAGGUCCUGAUAUUCCAGUAUAACUCAGAAACCUUUGAAGAAAUGCAUGCUGUAAUGAGCCCUUCACCAAUAAUGGGAUAUGUAUAGAGAGUAUCAUGGGAACAAAUAGUAGUUUUUUAGAACUUUUGUUUGCUUUCUAGAGUUUUCCAUUUCAUUUGCAGACAGAAUAUUGUCACAUCUCACUGCUCAGCAUCUCUGCCCAAAGCAGACCCUCUUUUCAUUUUAGUUCUUAGAGGUCCUUUGCUGCCAGCAUGCUAUCAUAUUUGUAAUAUGUGGAGGAGAGAGAGCUCACCAUGCUCAGGUAAAGGGAUGGUAUGUGCACCACAAAUAACAAGCAGAACCCGAUGACCUCCGAGGGGACCCUGCACUCAGCCAUCAAAGUGCUCCUGCCCACCUGGAUGCUCAUAAUUCAAUGGUAGAUGCAGGUGGAGUUGAGAACAUCACCCAUCUUCCCCAGGAGCUUCCUCAGAUGAUGGCUGCAGCAGCUGAUGGUUUGGGGAGUAUAGCGAUAGACACGACCCAGCUCAACAUGUCCGUGACAGAUCCGACAGCCUGGGCUACAGCCAUGAAUAACCUGGGCAUGGUUCCCGUGGGGUUGCCUGGACAGCAGCUCGUGUCUGACUCAAUCUGUGUCCCAGGCUUUGAUCCAAGCCUCAACAUGAUGACUGGAAUCACCCCCAUUAACCCAAUGAUACCAGGCCUUGGACUGGUACCUCCCCCACCACCAACAGAAGUGGCUGUUGUCAAAGAAAUAAUCCACUGCAAAAGCUGUACUCUUUUUCCUCAAAAUCCAAAUCUUCCACCUCCUUCCACAAGAGAACGACCUCCUGGGUGUAAGACUGUAUUUGUCGGAGGAUUACCAGAAAAUGCUACUGAAGAAAUUAUUCAAGAAGUCUUUGAACAGUGCGGUGAUAUUACAGCAAUUCGGAAAAGCAAGAAGAAUUUUUGUCACAUUCGCUUUGCAGAGGAAUUCAUGGUUGAUAAAGCCAUUUACCUUUCCGGUUACAGGAUGCGAUUAGGGUCUAGCACCGACAAAAAGGAUUCAGGCCGCCUUCAUGUGGACUUUGCCCAGGCCAGAGAUGACUUCUAUGAGUGGGAAUGCAAGCAGAGGAUGCGUGCCCGGGAGGAGCGGCACCGGCGCAAGCUGGAGGAGGACCGGCUCCGGCCCCCGUCCCCGCCCGCCAUAAUGCACUACUCGGAGCACGAAGCCGCUCUGCUGGCCGAAAAGCUGAAAGAUGAUAGCAAGUUUUCAGAGGCUAUCACAGUGUUACUUUCCUGGAUUGAACGAGGGGAAGUGAAUCGGCGCUCUGCAAACCAGUUCUAUUCCAUGGUGCAGUCAGCCAACAGCCACGUCCGCCGGCUAAUGAAUGAAAAAGCCACCCAUGAGCAAGAGAUGGAGGAAGCCAAGGAGAAUUUUAAAAAUGCCUUAACUGGGAUUCUCACUCAAUUUGAGCAGAUUGUGGCCGUUUUCAACGCUUCUACCAGACAAAAAGCUUGGGACCAUUUCUCGAAAGCCCAGCGCAAGAACAUAGACAUUUGGCGAAAGCAUUCUGAGGAGCUCCGGAAUGCUCAAAGUGAGCAGCUCAUGGGCAUCCGCCGCGAAGAAGAAAUGGAAAUGUCUGAUGAUGAGAAUUGUGACAGCCCUACAAAAAAAAUGAGAGUCGAUGAAUCAGCCCUGGCCGCUCAGGCCUACGCUCUGAAAGAGGAGAAUGACAGUCUCCGCUGGCAGCUGGAUGCCUACAGGAAUGAGGUGGAGCUGCUGAAACAAGAGAAAGAACAGCUUUUCCGAACAGAAGAAAACCUCACCAAGGACCAGCAACUGCAGUUCCUGCAGCAAACCAUGCAAGGCAUGCAGCAGCAAUUGCUAACCAUCCAGGAGGAAUUAAACAACAAAAAGUCAGAAUUGGAACAAGCAAAGGAAGAGCAGUCACAUACACAAGCGUUACUAAAAGUCCUCCAGGAACAAUUAAAAGGUACCAAGGAAUUGGUCGAGACCAAUGGCCACAGCCAUGAGGAUUCAAAUGAAAUCAAUGUGUUGACAGUUGCAUUGGUCAACCAAGACCGAGAGAACAAUAUUGAGAAAAGAAGCCAAGGCUUAAAAUCAGAGAAAGAAGCUCUGCUAAUAGGUAUCAUAUCAACGUUUCUUCAUGUCCAUCCUUUCGGAGCCAAUAUAGAAUAUCUUUGGUCAUACAUGCAGCAACUGGACUCCAAGAUAUCUGCAAAUGAAAUAGAAAUGCUUUUGAUGAGGCUGCCACGCAUGUUCAAACAGGAAUUCACAGGCGUGGGAGCCACGCUGGAAAAAAGAUGGAAAUUGUGUGCCUUUGAAGGAAUUAAAACUACCUAACUAUGAAGAGCAAAACAUCUCUGGAAAUGAAACCAUGUGAACCUGGCCAGGGCUGUGCAACUGGGGGAGCAGGAGGUGUGGGAUUGGUCCAGCACGCAACCUUUGUGGAGACAUCAAAGCUUGCCUUUAGUUAUAUCUGUGGUGUUCUCUUGUGAGUGGAAAUGUAAUUGUGUACCAGUUCCUUAAAAUAAACAAAGCUUCAUAUUGUGACAGAUCUGUUUCCUAUGAAAACCAAACAAUGAUUCCACAGUCAUAAUGGCAAAAUCGUAAAAUAUGCUACAUUUGAGAAUAGCUCACCAAGCAAAAUAUUUAAAGUUAAUGAUGGUGUAGCGAUGAUUGUUGCUAGGCUACAGAGUUGUAUAUGUAAUGUAUAGCUGAAAUCAUUAAAUGACAUUUUCCUGAAAGUCUUUGUUUUAGUUAAAAAAAAAAAAAAGAAAAAAAUAAUUUUACAGUAAGGGAAAAUCAUACCAAAAGAAAACUUGAAUAUGUGUCUAAACAGUUAUUGUAUUUUGUAAAUUAAGUUAUAUGCUGUUCCAGGGACUUUUGCCUUAUUGAAGAGGCAGAAAAUAUGAUUGGACACAUUGAGAAUGCUUUAUCAAGAAUAUUAUUUUUCUAAUGUAACAAUUCUCCAUCAUAAGUUCUUUUAACAUGGACUGCAUAACAAUUUUCAUAAAGUGUAAAUAAAGGAAAAACUAGUGUUAUUGUCUUGUACUUGGUAUGUAACAUUCAGGUUUAUGCAUCAAAAUAAACAUUCAGUAAAUAUUCCUGUUACAAAUUUUAUAGCAAAGAUAUUAAUUUUUUUCAAUAAAUAUGACUUCUACCAUA